AGCCCAUAACAGUCGCGAAAGGUAGUCGCUGUGAGAGAAAGCGAGGGAAAGAGCGAAACUGCGAAAACAUUUCAGUUUGCACGAAGAAAUCGAGCGAAAAUGGUGGUGGACGAGCCCCCAAGGCCUACCGUUACAGGCAAUCCAAUUGGUGACGGCAAUGAGAAUCUGGAGGAGCAAGGCGAGAUCGUUCGAGAUGAUGACUCCACGUCUUCCAAGCUACCGACGGCGAUGGUCCGAAAGCCUCAUCCACUUGAGAAUUCUUGGACCUUCUGGUUCGAUAACCCCUCGGCCAAGUCCAAGCAAGUCGCCUGGGGAAACUCUAUCCGAGCCGUUUAUACCUUUGCAACUGUUGAGGAGUUUUGGAGUAUAUAUAACAACAUUCAUCAUCCAAGCAAGUUGGCUGUGGGAGCAGAUUUCCAUUGUUUUAAAUACAAAAUUGAGCCAAAGUGGGAGGACCCUGUCUGUGCUAAUGGUGGAAAAUGGACUGUUGCCUUUUCCAGGGGAAAAUCUGAUACAUGUUGGUUAUAUACGUUGCUGGCAAUGAUUGGAGAACAGUUUGACCAUGGAGAUGAAAUUUGCGGUGCUGUUGUGAAUGUCAGAAGUAGGCAAGAAAAAAUUGCUAUUUGGACUAAAAACGCUUCAAAUGAAGCCGCUCAGAUGAGCAUUGGAAAACAGUGGAAGGAAUUUCUUGAUUACAACGAACACAUUGGCUUCAUCUUCCAUGAGGAUGCUAAGAAGCAUGACAGAGCUGCUAAAAGUAGAUACACCAUAUGAAAACUACGCCUUUUCCCUUGGCAAGGUUUGGAUAUGCCUCCACCAUCCUCGAGCUUUUUUUCUUAGUUCUCUCCCGUGUUUUUUUCGGCUUGUUGGGGAAAGGAAUAUAGGAAUACUUCCCGGAGGACUGGCUGUAUAAAAGACUGUCGGAUACUGCAGUUUUGGUUUUGGUUUUGGUGUAGGGCCUGCUAACGGAGGGGGUACUGUGGAUGAAUUCUGGAGACCCCAAAGUCCCCAUCUAAUCUGAAUAAAUAUCAUUUGCCCGGUUUUGCCAC